CUUCCUGUCCGAAGUUGUGGAAGUGUGCUUUCAGGUGCUAUGCUAAGCACUGAUUAGAAUAUAUGAAAUGCCACGUAUUGAGGUUAUUUUAGGUAGACCCCACCUCUCUCCCUAAUCCCUAGCCAUUUGAUGUGUGUGUGUGUGUGUGUGUGUGUGUGUGUGUGUGUGCUUAAUGUGUCUCUUGAUUUUAAUCACAGAAAAUAAAAUGGGAAAUACCUGAAACUCUAGUGUCCCUUUUGCCGGAACACUGACAAAGCAUAUACCCAAAUUUGCUUUCAAAACUUCAGUUUUAUACCUCCCUCACAAUUGUUGAUAAUAGCUGUUUAGUUAUAUGCCCAACAUAGAAUUCAUUAAAAAUUGUCAAUUUGAAAAAUAAAGAAAAAGCAUAAAAAAAGCAGAAGCAAUUGCAUAUCCAAUAUAAACUAUACUAACUUUCAAUAUGCAAGUAAACGUGAAAAUGACCAAUGCUUCUCUGUUGUUUUGAUAGUGAAUAAGAUGAUUUCAACAGUAGUCUUUUCAAAAUCUGUUUGUGACAUGAGUAAUUCGUUUUGUGUCUCAACUUCACAGGAAUUUCCCCUUGAACUGGACUUGGGAGUUCAACUGAAUAAAUUAUUUCUGGACUUUUGAAUUAUUAAUCUUGUCUGCAUGAUAUGCAAAUUAGGCUUCACUAUGUCCAGAAGCACAGUCUUGGGUUAGAAGUUGUAUCAGGUUGCUGGCAAAGAGUUUCCGUCAAGGGAUCAGGGCCUUCCAACAGAAUGGCAUGGAAUGAAACUUGCCAAAAUUGGCUGGCAGCAGAGAUUUCCCUGGAAAAGUACUACCUUUCCAUUUUUUAUGGGAUCGAGUUUGUUGUGGGAGUCCUUGCAAAUACAACUGUUGUGUUUGGCUACCUCUUCUGUAUGAAGAACUGGAAUAGCAGUAACAUUUAUCUCUUUAACCUCUCUAUCUCAGACUUGGCUUUUUUGUGCACCCUCCCCAUGCUGAUAAGAAGUUAUUCUCAAGGAAAGUGGACAUAUGGGGAUGUGCUCUGCAUAAGCAACCGAUAUGUGCUUCAUGCCAACCUCUACACGAGCAUCCUUUUUCUGACUUUUAUCAGCGUUGAUCGAUACCUGCUCAUGAAGCAUCCUUUCCGAGAACACUUUCUGCAAAAGAAAGAGUUCGCUGUUUUAAUCUCUUUGGGUAUUUGGGUUUUAGUAACCCUAGAGCUCCUGCCCAUACUUUCUCUUAUACAUCCAAAUAUAGCUGUCAAUGGCACCAACUGUAUUGAUUAUGCAAGCUCUGGGGACCCCAAAUACAACCUCAUUUAUAGCAUGUGUCUAACCUUCUUGGGAUUCCUCAUUCCUCUUUUGGUGAUGUGCUUCUUUUAUUUCAAGAUUGCUCUGUUCUUAAAGCAGAGGAGCAUACAGCUUGCUACUGCAUUGCCCCUUGAAAAGCCCCUCACCUUAGUCAUCAUGGCAGUUGUGAUCUUCUCCGUGCUUUUUACUCCCUACCACAUCAUGCGGAAUGUGAGGAUUGCUUCACGCCUGGGAAAGUGGAAGCAGUCCCGCUGUGCUCAGGCCACCAUCAACUGCUUAUACAUUGUGACUCGGCCUUUGGCCUUUUUGAACAGCACCGUCAACCCUGUCUUCUACUUCCUUAUGGGAGAUCACUUCAGGGAGAUGUUGAUGAGCAAGCUGAGGCACCAAUUCAAAUCCCUGACAUCCUUUAGAAGAUGAAGUCAUGGACUGAUGUUUCCAUUCAGGGAAAAGUGAGAUGCUUGUGUAACACACUGUUUUGCAUGUGCAGAUGUAGGCCAAUUAGAUUUUGAUUUAACUCAUAGACGUAAAUCAGAGAAGCAAAGACUUGACACUCUUUUAAAGACAUACUGUGCCCAGAGUCUGUGAAAAGAAGAGGAUGGGAAGUAUUUAUUGGUUUCUUCACCUAAGAAUUGAAAGGAACUGGACUGGCAUUGUCUAGUGCUUGAGCAUAUAAAUCCAAAACCCUAGGUGUUAUAAGACUUUCUCAACCAGUGUAAAAGAAAUAGAAGAUAGAUAAAGCAGCAAGUAGUCUGCAUUUAAUCAUCACCAGAUUGUGAAAAAAAAUAUGUUGGCAACAUUCUCUAUGUUAUUCUUAUUCAUUUGAUUUUAUAACUUAAUGUGAAAACUGAAUAACAGAUUAAGCAUACACUAUUAGAGAUUAUUGUUAGAAAUUGUGGUCUUGAACAAAAUUUAAAGUCAACCAUAGCAACAAGCAAGAAAGCAAUGUAAUGAGUUCAAGGAUGUCUCUAUGUAUUUCUUUGUAUUGAUCAUGAGUUGGAGUCAAGUUGUAAUUAUAAGUCCUAUUUUGUUUCAUGGUUUUUAGUGCAAAGAAUCGAAUUAAAUGGAGCCUAAAGAGAUGGUUCAACAAAAAGAGAGACAUGUUUGAGCUUGUCUCUCAGGGAAUUUAGGUAUAAAUGAUUUUACCAAAGUACACAAAGACAGAGAAGAAGAAGAUUUGCAAAAAUCUCAGAGCUAUGGAACACAAAGUGUCAUCAGAAAACCCAAAGCACAACAAAAUAAAACAAAACAAAACAAAGGUAAAUACUUUUGGACGACUGUAUCUUAAAGACAGUGACUUACAUCUGGAAUGAGCCUUGUUUUCAUGUUCAUAGAACAUCACAUAAGACCACUGAAGGAAGUGUUCUAAACAAAGUGCACUUUAUGAAAUUGUAAAAUGUAAGAAAUAUUUAUGUGCAUAUUUAUAUAGAUUAUCCAGGCAUCCCUCUAUGCCACAAAACAAAUAUAGGAAAAACUAAAUGGAUGCUACAUUAGCUUUUUAAAAUCAAAUAAGUAUCACAUAACAACUCACUUACAUGUAACAAAAUGUGUCCAUGGCCACAUGUCUAUGUUCAUUUCCUUAAAGUCAUUAGCUUUUUUAUGCUAAGUAAAAUAAGUCAGUCAGACAAA